AUUUCGCGCUGACACAAGCAUAACAUUGAAUGACGAGUGUCCUGAUGGUAAUAACAAUGAGCUUUGGAUAUCCAGAAAAUCACAGAACAGAUUGUAUAGAAGCAUGUAUAUUCCGAAGGAAAGAUCCAAUCUUGUUCCAAUUAGGCAAGCUUCACUCGGAUGUCAGAGAAUAUUGCCAAUGAUCAAGACAUCAAAGUACGUCAAUGAUGCUUCAUCGGAAACGUCAGCAGAAUCACCACCGCAAACACCUGCUGCACCUCGACGCCAUCCUACACCUCCACCCCAUGCUCCAAAACGACCACCACUACCACCAAUUUGUUUCCGAGUUCCACUACCGCCUUUUCCACAACCUCCACCACCACCACCAUUCUUUCUAUCGCCUUUAUCCACGCGUUCCAACGAUCAAGCCACACCAGCGCCUGAGUUACCGAUGCCAUACAACAUGAAACCAAAGGAGACAUUCUCGACUGCAUUCAGAUUGAAGAAGGCUUGCGUAUCUCUGCAUGCACAAGAUGAUGUGAAUGUGGACUUGACAAGGAGAUUUGGAACUGUGAAAGUGCGUGACGUGCCUGUCGAACCUAUCAGUCGAAUGAGCCUAUUGAAGAAUAGAAAUAGAAGUGUUCAGAUGUCAGUGAGAGGUGGUAAUACCAGAUUCUCCGAGAUUUUCGAAUACGAUGAGUCAUCAUUCACUUCACAAGGAUCAUCUCCAACCUAUGCUUCGGAAUGUGAACCAGUGUCAAGUCGAAUAAGCUGAUCAAUAAACAAUGUUGAGGUCGACCGCUUCAGUCAC